AUGACCUGCGAGUUGCAGGUAAACUGAAACUGGGCAACUUGAGUAGAUGCUAUUUCGGCGGAUUUACAUUCUGAAAGACAGUCUGCCUCAACUUACCUCCCAUAAUAUUUCGAAUUUCGGGGACGAGACUUCCCUCUAUCCAGUCCUAAACCAGCUUAGGACUUAUCAGCUUACUUGUUUUGAUUGCAGAAGCCGGACUUCUACUGGACCUCGAAGCAACGUGGUAUGGUGGACAGUUCCUUCUUCUACGGCUACAUGAUAACUCAAAUCCCCGGCGGAGUGAUUGCAUCAAAGUUCCCGGCCAACCGGCUCUUCGGUAUCGCCGUCGGUGGCAGUGCUCUAGUGAAUCUUUUUGUACCAGCCUUCUGCAGAAUGCAUUACGGAGCCGUCAUAUUCCUGCGAAUCGUACAGGGUCUUGUAGAGGUUUGUUUAGCCUGUUCAAUCCUAAAAAUUUCACUUUUGGCCUUUCGCCACGGUGUGGUCAUUUCUGGCUUAUUAACCGUCGUGUGCCAUCUUCCGUAGUUAAUAUACCCGAUCGCAGGCUCAGUGGUGGGAUGAUGGAUUAUUUAACGCCCGGCGACCAAGAACCUACGACCCCUAAACGUACGUUUGGAAAUGAAUGACUGACGGUGAAUAUUAAGCCAGAAGAGUCCAACCCAGUUUCUUGUUCUGUCUGUCCGUGCACGAGGAGCAUUGAAAUGGACAGGGGAAAAUGGGCUGGCUAUUUCUGGCUUAGCAGCCGCCGCCAGUCACUCAUACUCGACCUGGGGUCUGAAUCCAGAUCUACUGGCAACUGAACGUUAAGUUUUACGCUCCACCAUUGAAGCACGGACCCAUUGUCCUGCCGGUUACGAUCGAAAAUAUUCGCUAUGGUGGAAUUGUGUUCACUGAUCAGGUUAUGGGACAUGCUUGUCCUGUUGGGCCUUUGGGUUCAAUUGAGAUCCUCGCAAGCAGUCGCACAGUGAGGGCUAAUAAUGUAAAGAGGAGUGUCUGAUUGAUGAAUGUGCCUCUCACGAUGACGACAAGACUGUCAAGUCGGAUGCACCCCAAUAUUCAAAAUCAUUGCGUUCGUUCGGAUUUUUCCAGCUGUCUCUGGUUUCUAGUACACGAGUGCGACUGCUUAUGCUAGCAUCUGCUAUGCCAUUGUCAGCAAGCCAUUGUCCUCGCGAUGUGGUGUGAGCUGAUGGUUCUGUGGCACCUGGUUCUCUGCCGGUAGAUGCGCUCGCACUCCCGCUGGGUAUACAGAUCGUGAUCAUGGCUGGUCAGUCACCCUCUUUCUUCUGACCCGUUGUGGAAUUAUCGUCGUUGGUCAAAACAUUAGUCAGUUCUUGUGUGGACCAAGUAGUAUGGGUUUGAGCGCCAAGGUGCGGGUUCGGCCACGCCAUGCACCCGUAUCCUCGCCCGCCUCCGGUCUUCACUAUGUCUUGACACCCGGUCCAGGUGGGGAACGAGGAGGAGUGAAUGCGGUAGACGCAGUGCAAGUCCGCACUCACUGUAAACUAAUUCGCGCUCAUGUCACCCUGCCUGCUUUGCCCUGCUGUGGACACACAGCGGACAUCGUCGGUUGCGAUGAUCGAACUGUCAUAUGUGGUUAGGUUAUCUGCAGCUACUGAUCGUCUCUAAUUAAUCGGAUGCCCGGACUGAUCUAGUAAUCAGGCCAUACUGAUGAACACAAUUCCCGCACUACGUCUAUGGCCUCUGAGCCAAAACCUACGGUCAUCACAGUUGAAUGGACCGACUUCCUGACUUAAGUUGUUUAACAUCUUGCUUCCUUCACCACGUGACCUCUUGUCUUAUAUCGUAUUCAUAUAUUUAAAAUACUAAGAGAAUCCCUCCAUUUUCAACUAGAGGCGGUGACUGCAGACGUUCAUACACUAAUUUAAACCAUGCUUGUGAAGGUUAGUUAAAAUGUCCAAUUUCAGCUUCCGAGACUAGCUAGACUCUUGGCUAUAACUCACGCCAAUCUGCGUCUCAUCGGCUCCCCAGCCCUAUUCCCUGAUAAUUUAGACGUAUAAAUUCAGGGCUCUAGGGUCGGUGGAAUCCACGAUCAAUCCUUUUGGCUCUGUGAAAUUCGCGACUGGCCCCAGACGAAUACAUGUCCAUCUGUUGUUAUCAGAGGCAUCUGCUGUCAGAGGCGUCUUGCCAUCGCGGAUCCUUGAAGUUAGGUCUCAGGAGGUGUGGGUUAGAUAGGGACCUCGAACACAAAAGGCUUCCAUUACUGUUUGUUUCUCGUAAUUUGGGGGCUUACAGAAACAUCAGAGUUUGUCAGACAAUACACCCUGAAGGUGAACUUUUCUCACCAAGUGCCGAAUUGGCAGGAUGAAGGCAGAAACAGCAUUCUAUUUAUAUAUAUAUAUAUCAGAGCGGCUACGACAGAGUCUGGGGGGUAGAUUGAUACAGCACUGUUUCGGGCUUAUUUGCCCUCAUUCAGCCAACCAAAACCCUGACCACCAGCUGGGACCGGAAACACAAACAUGCGCACAGACGCAACUGGCGCAGCUGGUUCACCACUGGGGUCUACCAGAUGGGUCAUAAGCACUUCAUCGAACCGAAGUUCAUCAGUGCUUCGCCACCUGCCAUUCUCUGUCGCUGCAGAUCGGGUAUUUAUUCACUCAGGAAUGGGCGCACACCGAUCCAUUGGCUUCCUGAAACAAACAAGCUUCGUAUGGGCGAUAGGGGUCACGAACAGGCAACCACCUACCAGGCCGAAGUCGGCCAAGCUAUGAUAGCAGAGCGGAUACGACAGUGUCUGGAGGGUAGAUUGAUACAGCACCGUUUCGGGCUUGUUUGCCUUCAUUCAGCCAACCAUAACCCUGACAGAGAAUGACAGGUGAUGAGGCACUGAUGAACUUCGGUUCGAUGAAGUGCUUAUGACCCAUCUGGUAGACCCCAGUGGUGGACCAGCUGUGCCAGGUGCGUGUGUGCGCAUGUUUGUGUUUCCGGUCCCAGGUGAUGGUCAGGGUUAUGGUUGGCUGCAUGAAGGCAAACAAGCCCGAAACAGUGCUGUAUCAAUCUACCCCCCAGACACUGUCGUAUCCGCUCUGCUAUCAUAGCUUGGCCGACUUCGGCCUGGUAGGUGGUUGCCUGUUCGUGACCCCUAUCGCCCAUACGAAGCUUGUUCGUUUCGGAAAGUCAAUGGAUCGGUGUGCGCCCAUUCCUGAGUGAAUAUCUAUAUAUAUAUAUAUAUGUGUGUGUAUGAAGAGGAACCGUCAUGCGCACUUUAGGACGAUGAAUAUAAAGAUGUUCCGUAAAGUGCCAGUGUGCUACUCUGUGCAAAUUAAUAUCGGAUUAUAUUUCGCGUUGGUCACUUACAACCUCACCUUGGUUUUCUGUUAAUCGAAGAAUCAAGAUUAGGAUUUCAUUAUUUUUGAUGAAAUCUCUAAGGCCAUUGAUUGUAUUCUGACUUCAUUCCUACAGAAACAUGUCCAUGUUCCACGCAAAAUUCAUAAAACUAGACCUAUCUUAGUUUAAGGACCUACCUUCUUUCUUCUCGAACUUGGCUCUAUCACUGCCAAGUUUCUGAAGUCUUAACGUCUUUCCUAUUCAUAAAAAUUAUUAACAAACGUCGCUCAGUGUUUCAAAACCUUCUGACAAUUAUUUCACCCACAAGAACAAGGGCACAUCUAAAUUUCAAGGAAAUUAGGAACCGCCAAACAAGUUGACACUGAUUAAUCUGAAUUUUCAUUAACGGGUUUGAACCAAUUAGGCUAAUUAAUCGCUCUUCGUUGUGUUAAGAGCGCCUGCAACUUCGCUAAACCUAGAGCCACUUUUACGUGGACAGGCGGUCACAAAAAUUUUACGACCUCCAGCCCGUAACCGGCAUCUGUAGCUGCGAAAGUUCUAGUAUUAUUGGCUCAGAUAUUGAGAAUUCCAGCAAAACAGUAAACAGAGGGGUUCGGCAGUAAACGCAUGCUUCUAUUGCAGAGGAUGAGGGUGGUGUUGCGGACGGUCCAUUUACUAAAUAACUGACCUGUUGCAGUGGUUCAUGCCCCUAGAGUGUGACCUUUUAAACCACCACAGCAGAACUUUUAGGUUAUUUGACGUUGCAUAAUCCUAUUGACACAUUCGUCAGCCAACAGGGAGCGGUAAAAAACCACUGGGCUCGUGUGCACCACAUAAGAAUGAUUCAUUCCCAGAAAAUUCUGGGAAAGUGCAGUUUUGUAUAUGAUUCUCUUAACCAGCUAAGGGGGUAGUUAGCCUCAUCAGGAACCUACACAUAUUUCGACGUGUUUUUUGAUCAUGUGCUUAAAUGAUCUGCCUUCACAGCUGCAUCGAUAAGGGCCCUGUUUCUGCCUCGGCCGAAGAAAGGCAGGCAAUAGAAAUUGUGAGCGCGUGGUGGCCUCUGCGAGUAUUCAUCGUAAGCGAUCGACCCACAAAACCGUCGAAUUCGACCGCGCUUCGACCGGGCCGGACAGCAUUUGUAUUCAACCGAUUAAAAUAAACCGUCAACUUCCUUGUCAUUCUGCUGGCAUAUCUAUUUGUGGUUGAGGGCGCUCACCGAUCGUGUUAAUGAACUAACUUAUUUCGCUGUGCCUUGAGGCUCUCUCUGGAGCCCAACCAGAAGCUUCGAAAUUCUAACCAUCCGGUCGCGGGAUGGAACCUAAUGUGAUCCGCACUUCUGGAUUGGGCAUGGCUGGCUGACGACGACUAGUAAGCCAGAAAUGGCUACUCCAGUCUCCAUUGUCUUUGUCGGUAAUCUUAUUCCGCCUAUACCUCAUUUGUGUUUUGACUGACAGGGUGUCUCCUAUCCUGCCUGUCACGGCAUAUGGCGAUACUGGGCACCGCCGAUCGAGCGUUCCCGCCUGGCAACGAUUGCAUUCUGCGGUAAGUCCGAAAAUUACAUUCAUGUUUUACGCAAUGUAAGACUGAACACUCAUGCGUCUUCUCAUUAUUGUUAAUGCGGAGGUACUCCCAAUGGCGCCCGAAGGGUGAGGUAUCUCAUAACCCGUAGGUUUACUUGUUUGGUCUACGUGGAGACUAUCGAGGAUUCACUGCGAGCUUUUUCCGAUCCCCUUUAGUCAUUCAAAGGCAACCUGUUUGGUAACUGUUCCUAGUUUUAUUCAUAAGACGCUAACUGAAAUUCUGAAAUGCGUUUUUGAUUAGAAAGGAUUAUUUCAGUGGGUUUAUACUCCUGACCAACCUGCGGAAAAAGCGCGUAUUACUUUAGAAACAUCAGGAUGCUGACUUUUGGCUACACGUUUCUGGUUGCCUAUAAAAAGCGCAUUCGAUGAAAAAUGACUGUCAAAACAGUAUGCACUUCUGCAAUUGAUUUUCGAUGCCCUUAUAAAUUCAUGACUGUUGCGCAGACAGUUAUAUGAGAUUCGCAUGAUAUCUUCCUAGUGGUUUAAAGAAAUAUGCAUUCUCCCUAAUGCGGAAAGUAUACGCCUUGUAUACUGAGAGCUCUAAACGUGAAUGCAACGGAAAUUUAAGCAAAAAUUAAUUUGGCAGUUGAAGAUAUCUUUCCUUCAAACAUAAAAUAUGAAGAAGAUGGGGUGGUUUAUCAAGCGAGUACGACAAUUAUUAUUUUUGUGUGUUUUAUCAGCAAAUUAUUUUUAGUGCAUAGGAAUAUUUUAAAUCAAUAGAAAAACCCAUAUUAAUCAAUUUCUCAUUUUUUUGCCAAGUGCGGUUUUUUAGGUUGUCGUAAAGAAAUGCAUUCAAAAGCUAACAUCUCAUCCUGCUUGACAUUUUAUGGGAUCAUGCCGCAAGACAAGCAGUAUCAUAAUUCCACUUAAAUAUUCCUUCCUUAUCGAGAACGCACAUCAAAAUUUCAGUUAGCAUCCAAUGACAUCGGUGACUCACUGUUUAACCAUGGCAUUAGUGAGCUAGUUAAAUUAGAAGCAACCGAACAACCUUGAGGACUUAUCGCAUCGGCAGUUUGCAGAGAUUAGUAUUACAUAAACUGGGCUAGUAUGAUAUGCCAUACUUGAGAGCACAGGUAUAAUCUGAAAGCUUUCUAGCUACUGUUGUUGGCAGUUCAUGAAUAUUAUGCGGUUAUUCCUCAAUGGCUGAUAGACGCCGGUCCAAAUAUUCAUAUCGAAAUUCCGCCUAAGCCUAUAAUUCUAGAAUAGACUGAUUUACUCUAUGUUAGUGAUUAAUUUUUGAGGAAAUUAAAAAAACUUCAAUUACUAGGGCAUGUCUACAAGUUCAGAGGAGAUUGUGAUACCUAACAGCGUGAUGUAAGAAGGGGCGAUGCCCUUCACGCGAAGGAUAUACGAUCCGAGGGGAAUUGGCAUCUUGCGUACACGUUUCCUCUAGUGAAAGGCCUUGCAGCGAACUGAGGUAUGAAUGUGAAAAAGCCUUUAAUUUCACCCAGAACAUGAUAACGAUCAGUAAAUCUUCACCUUGCGUAAAUCAAGUGGAAAAAUAUCUAUUUUUCAGAACGUUCGCGUUCGCUUUGGUGUAUUCACGCCCUUUAUACACGUUACCGCAAAUAAUUAAUGACCGUUUGCCCAACGAUCAACAUUUCUAACGUGGUGGACAUAAGAUCAGGCUCGUUUGAUCCUUUACGUGUUUUCUUGAAUUUAAUCCAUUUCACGCACUUAAAAUUUAUUCCGCUUUAAGACAUUUCUUAGGAUCAAACGUCACCCAAAAGACGCGUUUACCUGCGUUUAUGAUUUUUUAGCAAACGAAGUCCUCCUUUUUUGAAUUUACCCCCUGUUUGGCAUCUCCGGCGAUUUGGCUGACUGAUAAGCUUCACACUUCAAAACACAAAAGAUGGUUCUGUCAGUUAAGAACGGUUGGUGUGCAUUAUUCCUCCCGUCAUGCGACCACCUUCGAUGUUGUUUAAACUUAAUGCGCGGCUUAAUUUUUGGGACAGCACAUGUAUCCUUUUAAAGUGAGUCGAAUGAACGACACACAUGCAGUAGGUAAGCUACCUCAAAAAAUGUCGACCGAAAUUUCGAGAUGCGUUCUCGUUUCGAAAAGAUUAAUUAGGUAGGGUUGUAAAGCUAAUCAUCGUGCAGCAUAAUUCUAUAAUAAUUCAGUUGCCUCAGGGUGUCAACUUUCGAGUGAACUUAUUUCCGACUAUAUGCAAGAACAAUAUUCGGCAAAAACAACUAGUUAAGUAGCAUACAAUGUUCUCAUUGAUUUUCGAUGCCUUUGAAACUUCUAUUAUAUUUCAUGGCAUAAAAAUAUUCAUUCAUUUAUUUAUUCGAUAGAAAAUCACGUCAUCGUCAACUUUUAUACUCGAAAAAAGGGUAAAAGUCAGUUUCAAAUACGUUUCUGAUUGGGAGAUUUUUUAAUACCGUAAGGUUAACAAUAUCGCUAAAUCCACUGCUAAACUGUAGGAACCCCCUAUGGUCUCCCCAUAAAACCGUAAAGAAUUGUAUGAUUUUCUGCACGCGGAAAUUAUACGGCUUGUAGAUUGGUAACCCGGGAUACAAAUGUAACGGCAAGUAAAGGUUCACAAUUAUUCGGAAUUUAGAAAUUUUUUUUAAAACGAAUUUUAAUCUUCUUGCAAGACGUGAAUAAGUAAAAAAUGAAUAUUUUUAUGCCUGUUUUCUAUGAAAUAUAGUUGACUUUUCAAGAGCAUCGAAAAUCAAUAAGAAAAUUGCAUGCUAAUUAAGUAGUUGUUUUUGGAUGAAUAUAGUUCUUGCAUGCAGUCGGAAAUAAGUCCAGUCAAAAGCCGACACCCUGAGGUAACUGGAGCAUUAGACAGCUAUGCUGCAUGAUGAUUAGUUUUACAGCCCUACUUAAUUAAUCUUUUCGAAACGAAAACACAUUUUGGAAUUUCUGUUGAUAUUUUAUGAGUAAGCCCACGUACAGUAGGUCGAACUUCUACUUAUCGUGGUCUCCAUAAUACUACCAGAUUUCAAGAUGAAGACUUCUUGCUUAGCAGAUGGCUGGAUACAUAUUCUGGCCUCAGCUCCAUAGAAAAUCAAAUAAAUGUAAAAAAAUUCAAAAUCCGCAGUUGGUCAGAUAAUAGCGUAGGAUAAGACUUUCGGCAUAAAUCCAGUCAUAAAUCUUUUCUUUUGUCAGCUUAAUGUCUAGCGUGCUACCCCACCCAUAAAACUUCCUUUAUCAUAAAUCACGUAUGGCACGAUCCACAGUUUAUUGACAGUUAAGUGGGGUCCUUCUCUGUACCGUUGCCAGAAAAGCUAUUGGAAAUACGCUGUUGUACUUUAAAAGGUUGAGAAAUAGUUGACCUAACCCCUAAAACUAACUUUGCCCUAACGUGUAACCCUAGCCCCUAACUCCAAGCCAUAACCCCCUAAUCUUAACCGUUGAGCGCAGCCCUACACCCUAACUCUGAAACAUUCGACGCGAAAGUUAGAAGGAGACGACAGGCCGAAAAGCAAGAAGGCCCACCAUUAUUGGGCCAGUAGCGGUAAACACGGCAACAAAGAAAAAAGGCCGCCAAUAGGACACACACCACAACGUACAGCAACACCAUGCCAACGUAAUUACACAAAAGCAAAAUAAUUUAGUAGAUCAACAGUAUUGUGUCCAUUAGGUGCUGCUACACAUCUACAUCUUACCCUAUGGUUGAAACAUCGGUUAACAGAACUCAACUACGGCUUGGGGAAAAAUACGGCUCACGGAAAUGUUGGACUGAGUACUUGGAUUUUUAUGAGUUGAUUGUUCGGAUUUACAAAAUUCCCUUCAGAUCUUAUUCAAUAUAGUUAUUUCUGCUGAUAGAAAAUUUACAUUUAGUUACCAAACUUAGAUGUCGGUGAAGGCUAUUAUGUAUGCAAAAGGUCUGAUGACAAGAAACAGGAAGACUAGAAUGGACAUUUCCGGCUUUUUUGACUUUGCCAGUCAGCCAGCCAUCCAGCCAAACACAGUCUCAGACCGGAACGACCUGAGUUUAGGCCUAAAAUGCAGGCCGGAAAUGAAAAGUCGUAUUCCGUCCUGCCUUAGCAUCACAAAAGUUGACUUCAGACCAACGUGUUUUCAAAGACCUCAGAUUGUAACAGACGAGAUACCGGCCUGCGAGGCACUAGAAAGAAGCCAUUAUCCCCGAGUAAAGUCGAACAGUUGCCAGGCAACUUUAAACAGCAAGCAGAUCGCACCUCAAAGGGCAUUUAAAACUGUGUUUGCAAGGACCACUUCACUGUUAGCCGGUUAAUUGCAGGAUAAAGUGGUUAUGCUUUUUGUAUACUUUAGGUUCCUACGCCGGCGCAGUCAUAAGCCUGUUCAUGUCGGGGAUUCUAACGGAGCAGUUUGGUUGGCAAUUUCCCUUCUACCUCUAUGGUGAGUUAAUUUUUUUUAAUUUAGUCCUUUUAAUCUGUUAUAAUUGCUGCACGGAGGCUGCAAGUGUUAAGUUUUGCAUGAACCAGAAUUAACACCAUUCAUACGAAAAAAGUAGUAUGAACCACAUGGUGAAGAAGUAGACACGAUCGUUGGAACAAGAGCUUUAUUCGCCUGACGUUUCGGAUCCCUGCUCGAACCCAUCAUUAGAGACAAAAGAAGAUAAGGGCGGUUCAUGCGCUAGCGGCUGCACUAUUUAAAGGAUGCAGUUGCCCUGCUACCGCAUACCUAUGAAUAUUCACGGCUCCCUCCCCCUCAUCAGGGGUCGUUGCGUUUGGUGUGAUGGCUAACAUUCGCGUCGUUAAUUGCUGUGAUUGCAUCAUGGGUGUUGGGUGUUGGUUUGAUGAUUGCUCGACCAUCUGAUCCACCGACUCCGGCGUUGGGAACAGUGUUUACCUGUGCGCUUCCCGCUUGGCUAAUUAUUCCGCCUAGGCGAAGUCUCAGCACCGAGUAUGGAAGGGGAAGUUCAUUGCGCAUGUUAACGGACUGGAGGGGGGCAGUAAGCCAUGAAUCUAGCAGCUCCCGGCUCACGCGGUUGUCACCUUUUGCAAGGAUUUCCGUCUCGUCGAAUGAGCCGCAACUUGAGAGUUAGCGUCAUCCUUCUGCACCGCUGCAGCCUGUUCCGCCAUUCGCUUUCUUCCGUUCUUCGACGUAGUUGCUUUGUCCGCAACUUCACCAGAUCCGAUAAACGACUUCAUACGUUUCUUGCCGUGACAAGGGUUUUUCGGCUUCAUUAACUGACGCCUGAUGGUUUUCUGCGGUCUGUGUGCAACUCCAACCCCAAGUGGUGCGAGAAGGCGGCCGACAGCUUCCGAAACGUUCUUGACAUACGGAAGCGCUCACCAAAAUUUGGUGUCCGUGCGGUUAAGCCUCUUUCCCUUUAGCGUGCGCACCGAAUAACGAAGUUGCGCGGGUAGCCAUUAGCUUUUAAGACCAGUCGGAGGUACUGUAGUUCGGCAAUCAUGUCCUCUGGCUCCCUGCAGUGCGUUUCGACAUGCCGAUAGAGCGUUCUUACACAACCCGUUUGUGGCUGAUUGGGUGCUUGCUGUUGAAGUUCAGUAAGUGCAUCAUAUUUGUCGCUUUCCUGAACACUUUGGUCUUCAGGCCGCCACAAUCUUGAAGGCAUACGAGGACAUCUAGGAAGGCCAGCUGGUUGUUCUCUUCCUCCUCCAUCGUAGCUUGUAUGUCCGAAAAGACCGCAUUGAGACGUUCCUCGAAUGACAGCAACUGAUCCCGGUCGAUAACGACGAAGGUAUCGUCCACAUACCUUGCCCAGAACUUCGGUCUGUGGUGUUGGGAGACCAGCGACUCCAACCAUUGCAGCACUGCCUCAGCGAUGAGUCCCGAAAUCUGCGAACCGAUUGUUGGGCCUUUCACCUGUUCGUAGAUUGCCCCGUCGAACGUGAAGUUCGUCCUAAGACAGGAUUUAAGGAGCUGAAGGACUUGGGCGUUUUCAAAACUAUUCUUCGUUUCAUCAUCUUUGCUUUGUAGAUGCAGCUUGAUCGCCAGAUCAUAGGGAAUAGCAGUUAAAAAGGGACGUAACAUCAAAAUUUACCAUGACCUCAUUUGGAUGGAGGCUAACCCCUUUGAGUUUAUCCAGCAAAUGUGCUGACGGAGGGACCGGGGUGUCUGACUCAGCGGUCAGGAACUUGAGACGCCGGAACCACAUGGCGCCCUGUUUCGUCAAACCUUUGUGAUUUCGGAACAAAAUGCUAAGCGGAUGCGACCAUAUUGCUUUCUCCGUACAGAGGAAGUCGAGGUUCCCCAACCAUGCGAGCAUGAUAUGUGUUUGUUUGGAGUAGCCGAAUGGUGGCCUGGGAGUCAGGCUGCGAUGACUCCUUCUUAAUGUGACUACGACUCAGUUGAGAGCAGACCCGCCUCCCCUCUCCUGUCUUGUGAAAACGUGGUCCAUUGUGUGCGUACCGGGGGUGUGUUGCAUGUGUAGAUGGGCUGUUUAACUUUGUGUCCGAUUCGGCCACCGAUCCUCUUGACUCUGUCAUGAUAUCACGCCGGGAUGGAUGAUAGGAGGUCAAGGUGGAUGCUCCGAAAGUCUACUGUUAAUAUAAAAUAAUUUACAUGCACGUCAUCAUCUUUGGGUCAACUCUUCUGCAGGAUAUACGGUGGCAUCGUUGGAAUCCGCGUGCCAUCAUUUCAUCUGUUUACUUUCCGACAAGCACUGGUUGAGUGGGUUCUCUGUCCUGUUAAAAUGGCUUUUAUGUGCAAGCGGGCUUGCCAGUAAGCCCCUUAAGUGGUACCUUUCCCUACUUAUUAGCACGCUUGAUUAGAAUUCUUAUGACGCAAGCAAAAUAAGUACGGAAAUUAUUUAAUCUUUUUCUUUUUAAUCUGCAUACUGUGUUUUGAUUUGCCUGCAGGCGUCGUUGGACUGAUUUGGCUGUCCUUCUGGUGGCGCACGACAUACGAGAAGCCUGCCACUCAUCCCAAAAUCACGCCGGAGGAGAGGGAGUACAUCGAGAUGUCGAUCGGGGAGGUGCAUGUUCCUCCGGAGUUGGUAGGUAGUUGGGGACUGACCUGCUUCAUAAACUGGCUCUGCUUAUGUUACAGCACUUGUCUGCUACUUUGUUAUAGUAUUAAAUUAUUCAUAAGGGUUGUGCGUCUACGUCUGUUUGUGCGGAGAUUCCACCAAGAUGCCCUGCAGAUGCGCCAGGACGUGAGUAUAUCGGCAGGUGCUGAGUCCCUCCCUAACUGCUGUCGUGAAUGCGUGUGUUGACGCGCCUUAGGCCUUCACGCAGUGUCAGUCACCUCGCCUAAGUCCAUCACCAUAUUGUUGACGGGCUUGGACAGUCGACUGUUGCACGGGAAAUAGAAGGGAUAGCGGAACAGAUGACAGGUCAGUACAUGUGACGUGCUUGAGUCUACUAUGACACGUUCAAAGUGGGGGCAUGUAAGGCUAAUAACUGAGUGGAUAACUCGGUCACCAUGAGGUAUUUUCUGGUGACUGGGGGACUUAGAAGCCGACUGCAGUGCCUCCUUAUUAAUGUAGCACUUAUGGUACUACCACACACGCGAAAUUUCGGCAGACCUCACAGCUGAUGUGUGUGGCACGCGUAGACGGACUGCCCAGAUUAUUCAGCCACUGCCCCCCAAGCCCAUGUCUGGUAGUCUUGAAAUUGUCCUAUCAUAGGGGCAAGAUGAACCGGGGAGGGAAGAGUGCAGAAGAUGCAACGCAAGUGCCCCUCACGCUGCGUCCACACCGUAAAACACGUUUGCGGAGGGUGAACUUUCAUGUCGCCUUAACGGGACGGAAAAUAUUUGCCUGCUUGAGUAGCAUAAUAACUGGAAUCAUCACAGUUGAUGACACGAUCAUUGUCUGGAAAUACAUGUCAAACAGACCUACAGUAAACUGUUAUCCGCUUUCUAGAUCAGUUGCGGCUUCCAUCUAAAUAAUAAACAGACGAGACACAAUCCAUUUUCCGCUAAAAUGCAGAAAUUUUGAGCUACUUAACCAAUCCCAUUGAAGUUGUCUUUGAACGACCCUGAAAGGACAUAGAGGAAUCCAGGCUUCUCAGUUCCCGAGAACAACUCGAAAACCUAGGUUUACCCUUUUUUGGGGUAGUCCCGAUCACGAUAGCGUGGGUAAAUCAAAAGAGUGUCUUCCAAGACUAAUAUUUCACGGGCGGUCUGUUGCAGUCAUCUGUUGACAAAGAGAACAGUCCUGGAAGUUCCGAUCGAACGUUGGGAAUCAGUCAAAGUUCUGGGAAACUCUAGCAAAGAAUCAUCAAACAUGAUGAGUGUUCUGAACACAGUGGGCGCGAAACAUUCUAGGUGACUAGGAGGGAAUAACAAGUGCCCAAGACUACCGUUCACGGGCCUUGUUUCCCGACCGGGUAGCUGAUUUUGAAGUACGCACUUCCUUUUUGGUUAAUUUAAUUCGCCACUCACAACAACAAAAUUACUACCGUGAACAGUAUCCCCUGGUAUGUUGGAAACAAUGACUGCCUUCUGUCCACCACCUCUCGCAGUGAACGCCCGUUUUUUGUCCUAAUAGUGCGGUUUCCAAGUGGCUGAUCCUUCUUAUUAGUUCAGUAGCGCGACUUUAAACAUCCAAGGCGGCCUCUCUGUAAUACAAGCGCACAUGUUGGGCUUGCUAAGGGUUUUUCGGUCGCCUGCGAACACACUCUUUUAAAAACCAGUAAAUUCCCCUGUCCAUCGUCUUCUGAAGUUGUCCGCGGUCUAUCAUGACCGGCAAAAUACCCAGUCCCCAAAAUGGUUGUCACUACUGCAUUUAAAUCAACUUUGGGUCAGAAUUGCGUAAUCAGACAAGUACAUUACUGAAGUCUGGUUAGUUUUGGUCGAGGUUUUGGCCGGCGCGACAUGAUAAAGAUGGAAAACAGUGCCUAAUUAUUCAUGUCCUACCGACCUGGCCUCAAAAUGACCCCCUAGAAAGUGAACCACCUUUUGGAAACAAUGCAUUGCCGAUGAAAAAUUUAGCCAAAACUCCUCCAAAAAGAAAAACAAGGCAAGAACUUGUUUUCGGAACUACAUACAUAUAUGAAAACAAGGUAGGUAUCCGUUAACUUGGCCAUAGAUUACAGUAGACGUUUUCGACUAAAAAAUCACUUAAAGAUGAGUUGUAAUUUUAAUCAGCAUGAAGUAUAAUUUCAUGAUAAUUCGGCCACUCCAGAAUGCUGGAUUUUGAACGACCUUAUUUUUGGCCGUCUGCGAAAAUUCCACUCGAUAAAAAUGACUACUUCAGCAAUGCCUUUUUUCGCCUUGAUUUUGGAUGCCCUUAUAAAUUCAACUAUAUGUCAUGGAAACAAAUGCAUGAAAAUAUUAAUUCUCUUACUCAUUUGGUAAAAAAUGACGUCUUCUUUAAAUUUCAUACUUAAAGAAAAGAUGUAAUUUGGUUUUUAAAAACUUUUCUAAAUCCAAAAUAAUUUCGAAACCGACAUGCCGUCACACUUGCAGUCGGUCAAAACUACAAGAUUUAUAUGUUCCAGGUACGGAAAACCAUUAAAUUCUCUACGGUAUUAAGAGAAGACCAUAUAGAAGUUCAUCAAAUUUAUCAAUGGAUUUAUGCAGAUUGCAAGCUUUACAGGCAACGUUAGUAAAUGCAGAGACACGGUGUUUUGUGAAUGGACAUUUCGCGAGCCUAAAAGACUCAUAACAAGAAACUUUUUAAAAUCGAAUUCUACCCUUCCUUUGGGUAUCAGAUUCAAAAAAGACGUAAUUUCCUACCAAAUUAGUAAAAAAUGGAUAUUUUCAUCUAUGUUUUCUAUGAGAUAUACUUAAUUUUAGGCAUCUAAAGUCAAUGGGAAAAUUUUGUGCUACUUGAGAAGUAUUUUUGCUGAGUGUUUUUUUCUUAGGCGGCCCAAAAUGUAGUUCUGUAAAAGUCUGCAUCCUGAAGUUAAUGAAGUAUUAUGUGAUCAAGUUGCACGAUGGUUAAUAUUACAAAUACUUUUUAUGUAAUCUUUUUGAUUCGAGAACGCACUUCAAAAUGUCGGUUAACAUUUCAUGAGUUUGCACACCCACUGUAUACUCGCCUAUCGUCUAUUCAGGUGAAAUGUCUGAAAGAGCGGACCAUAUUGCGAAUUCCCACUGGAUAUGAUUAAUGUUCCGCAUAAAUGUCGCGGAGACGAUAGCUUACAUCUUGGACUAACAACGGGACAUUCCGUACACUUCGAGUUUAGUCCGCCGAUUUCCUUACACCACGCGCGUUUCCAGCUCACGCUAAUCGGUUUGACUGCAGAACUCACAAGGUUCGGACAAGAAGGACUAAGCGGGGGUGAACUGUACGUCGACCGGCGCUUGGAGAUGGUGGAUGAAAAUAGCAGCUUUAGCUCUUAAAGGUACAGUGAGUGACCGAUCUCAUGAAAUGUUGGCCAAAAUUCUGAAAGGCGUUUUUGAUUAGUAAGAAUUACUUAGGUAAGGUUGUAAAACAGAUUAUCCCGCGGCAUUUUCUUAUAGUUUUUCGGAUUUGGUGGGAUGUCGGCUUUAGAAUGCACCUCCUUUUAAUCUCCCGUAGAAACCAUAUUCGGUAAAAAAUGACUAUAUAAGUAAAAUGCAUUUUUCACACUGAUUUUUGAUGGUCUUGUAAAUUCAAAUAUAUUUUAUAAAAGGCGUGAUCAAAAAUAUGCUUCUUUCCACUCGUUUGAUAGAGAAUUACGUCGUCCUCAUAUUUCAUAUUCAAAGAAAGAAUUUAAAUUAGAUUGAGAAAGGUUUCUAAUUCCCGAAUAAUUUGGAGCCUGAUCAGCCGUUGCAUUAGCGCCAACUUCUACAAGCUGCAUGUGUUUCACGUAAGGAAAUUCAAAUAUUAUUCUACGCCUUUAAAAAAUGUCAUAUUAAGUCAAUAAAAUUUUGCAAUGGAUCAAGACUACGUUUUAAAUUUCAUGAGGAGCAAGGGUAAACGGACAAGUACGAUGCUGUAUGGGUGAACACUACACGGUCUUAACAAAUCUUCCAAUUAGAAACCUUUUUUAAAAACAAAUCGUACCCUUUCUUCGAAAAUAAAAUAUAAAGUUGAUCUGUUUCUCUAUCGCAUGAACAAAAGAAAACGUAUUUUGUUAACGUUUUUUGUGAAAUUUACUUCAAUUUACAAGACCAUCGAAAAUCAGUGUGAAAAAUGCAUGUUACUCAUGUAGUCAUUUUUUCACCCAGUAUGAUUUCUACAGAAAUUCGAAAAGGAGUGAAUUCAGAAGCCGACCUCCUGGCAAAUGUCGAGGAAUAAUCAGUAUUACAACCCCACCUACGUAAUCCUUCCUAAUCGAAAAUGCUUUUUAGAAUUGCAGCCAACGCUUUAUCAGAUCAGUCACUCACUGUAUUUUAAGGCAUGCACUCCGGACAGAUAGGCCAACCACCCGAUGGAGGCGGGCCACCUUGGUUGAAUGUAGCUUGAUUAGCCCAAGUCAGUCGUACGUGGCUCACUGGGGUUACUAAAUUUUGAAAUUCGUGGAAACAUAAAAAAGCUACAAGAGCCUACGGUGGAACAAAAGUUUGAGUCUGUCAGAGCUUAUGUACUUUAAUUCUCAAAAGGGGCAUCGUCCCGGAAACGCACGGGAAUCUGGUAACAUCACCGAAAAACUGAGAUUUCCUAAAUCAUUUAUUCCGAAUUCUGGGUUAAACCACGUUGUAAGUAGUUAUCCCUACCUAGCUAACCCAAAUGGAUGUCGCCCGGCUAACUCAUUAAUCGUUAUUUGUACACUAAUAUUAGAAAGAUGCGUAUUAUCAUAACAUUUUCUCGUUCUUAACAUCUCUAGGGACUUAAGUAACUCUUCGACACGUCGAUCCAUGCUAGUCCUCAAUUUCGAGAACUUUGAACGGGGCCGACUUAUGACAGCCAGCUCUCCGAUAUGUGGGCAACGAUCGGGUAAAGGGCCCCAAACACGAGACUGACCAAAGGUGCCUGUCUUGCAUGAAAGAUGUCAAUCAGGGUUUUACGGCGGGGCCAAUGUAUACAUAGACGAAUGGCAAAAUAAGUAUAGAUAGUUAAUAAAUUUGUUUUUCGAGUGGAAAAGGUUUAAGGCAUUGACGUAUAGCAAACAAAAUUAAGCGAGAUAGUUAAAAAUAAAUAUUGAGUGUCUACAACGAUAGCUUCACAGAAGCGAACAGGCGAGUCCCAGGUAGCAGUUCAGAAGACGAAGAUGCGAUGUCUGGAGCACGAAAUGAAUUGGCCUGACGUUUUAGAUUCUCACUCGAAUUCAUUAUGAGAGACAUUCGCAGAUAAAUAUGAUGGUGGCGCAAGGAACGCCAGGUGAGCUGAGUUCAUUGUAGAUAAUUCACCAGACCGUCUACAGCAGACGACCCAACCUGGUAUAAUUAAACACCAAACCGAAAUAAUCGUGUCGGAAUAAAGCCCUCUUAAAUAAGUAUAGAAGGUAUUCUUUGUAUGCCACAGAUGCUUGGGAGCCUUCACCCUAUCCUUACCAACUUUGCAACAAGAUAGCAAAGAACACAGGAAACACUUCUGACAGACCGUACUGCCCGGGGUCUAGAAACAGUUUUUUUUUUCUGAAGUCUUCGGUAGUGCGCAAAUCAUUCAGUUGGAAAACGUGCGCCGUCGGGCGGAAGGGAAUGGCUGACUUCCCACGCCCACAUUUACGUCUAACGAUCUGUAUUUUCUGAGCUGCAAGAAACACACGCUCGUUUGUCAUGUUAAUAACUAAUAUCGUUUUUAUGGCCCAUGGGAUGUGUGCAUUUGUUAGUUUGAUAACUCCUUUGCUGGACUGGAAGUUUCUGUAGAAUGCAAACAGUCAUUUAGAAUAAUGUGUCAGGUAGUCGGCAGAGGUUGCGCAGUGACUGAAAACAGGUAACAAGUCUGCCAAUGCAGUAUUUUAAGUCAUUAAAUGUGACUAGGUGGAUACCGGGUACCCCCAACCGUGAGGUUUUCACAGCCUCUUCUUUCGCCAUAGCAAAACUAUUUUCAUUCCUAAUUUCAUAAGGAAAUAAAUCGGAAAAUUGCACUGAACUUUCAGAACUUUCUCCUUCCAGACCUGUUUUGGUGACUGUAUCAUUUCAAGUUUAAAAGGUCUGGGAGUUUAGGACACUUCGGGUAAUUAACCAGGCUAGGUUGUCUUUCCGCAUAACGCCCCCCCACGUCGGAUUCAAUUGGACAAGUUAACGUUGAGAUUAUGUGUGAGCUCAGAGCUGAUUAAAGACAAUAUCAUCGCGUAAUGCUCAUCUCGUAAUUAUUGCAAAUUCCUGCGCGCUCUCACCUCCAUCUCCCAACGCACGGACAUUAGAAUUUGAAGCACUUAUCUCCCUCUUCCUCUGCCUAAUUAAAUCAUCGUCUGAGUCCAUGUUUAUUACUUCCACAGAGUGAAUGUAGAUUUGAGAUAAAAUUGAGGAAGGAUAUUUUGGUGUCGACCGAAUGAGAUUUUAAUUGACAUACUAAUGCGCAACGUUCCAUCGUUAAGCAAAAUGGUAACCGGUAUCACUUGGAAAAUCAGUUGACUAACUCCAAUGUUGUCCAUAUUAUACAGAAGAAGUAUCAAUAAAGACAAGGGAGUCUAAAUUGGCCAAUUCUGGCUUACUGGCUGCCGCCUGGCCGCCACGCCUAGAAUCCGAAAGUGGCUUUUGUGGCCGUUAAGCGUUUUUCGUUCAACGCAUAAUUAGUGAGCUUGGGGUCCGUUUGCCUGUCACUUUUGUCGGGAAAUACUAAUACUAGUGGGAAGGGCGUUUCGGCGAUCAACUAGCGGGACCCGCUAGUGCCGCUGGGUCUUGAGCUUCAAUCUAGUGCCUUUACCACCUGCUCAACAAACCUCUGCCUCCCAUGACAACGCAUAUUGCCGAUCGAAACCAACAGGAUAACGCCUUCAUGGCCCGGUAACAAAACACGUAACUUAGAAGCGCUAAGUAGGCAAAGGAUCCGAAUGCGAACCUCAGGUUAUCCAAGUCAGAGUUUUGGUUUGGUUGGCUGACUGGCUGGCUAACGACAGUUAAUAGAGCAGAAAUGGCCAUCCCAGUCUGUACUAUUUUUGUUGCUAUAAGCUGGUGUAAGUUUAUGGGUGUUUUUAUAUCCUCGGGGCCUCGACUGUCAGUGACAACCCGCUUAGUUGAGAAAGUGAGCGUCCCCAGGUUUGACACACGCCUACUACGGCAAGCCAGGGGUACUGUUAAAUGCGUUCUAGUUCCUCAUUCAUAUCAAUUUCCAUUGCAUAACAGAUGUCUUAAAAGAAAACCUGCACAGUACUGUAAAACACAUCCGCCAAGUAACGCUGCCUUUUCUAACUUUUAGCAAAGCAUUCCCUGGAAGGCAAUUUUCACUUCGAUGCCAGUCUACGCUAUCAUUAUUGCAAACAUUGCCAGGAGUUGGUCCUUCUUUCUCCUCAUAAUGAUGUCACCGACGUAUCUGAAGGACGUUUUCAACUACACCACCGCCCAGGUAUGUCUGGUUACCAGAGCAGUUAUGUGCAAAAAAGAGCCGUUCUACGCGGAAGAAACUGCCUUUUAUCUCCUGUCCUGCCUGCACUAAAACAAUAGUUACAAGGCGUAAAUUGGAAAUCAAUCGUCUUGAACCUACAGCCAGGUCAGAUUGGUUCCCUCCGCUGUCGGGCUAGUUUCCCAAACGUAGUCUAGAGGGUACGAACCCUGAGGUGACGGACAACAGCUCAAAUCCUCGGGGUUUGCUUUGUUAUUGAGCCGGGGUAUGCACCGGACGAAUAGGCACUGUCCCCAGUAACAGAUCCAACCUUGCUGUACAGAGCUGGAGAUAGGAGAAAACAAUAUUAUUUGCACACUGAACUUAGCGAGUCUCUUAAGGAUCUCUCCACUCUAGUCAAAAGUGUGAAAACAUUUGGACCAAACCAGCUGGUCCAGGAAAGCUAAUAGCCUAUCGAAGAUCAACUGAAGGGGUUCUUCUCCCCAUCAGAAGAGUCCUUCCGUGAAAUGCCACACGUCUUUAUCUCGCAAAAUGGGUUCUUUAAAAUACAGCAUUGCAUAAGGCCCACAAUUUCUUACGUUUAAACCUACUAAAUAUACCGGAAAGUUGUGGGAUGUUUGUGAGAAACUUCCUAUGUUCUUUAGAGCUCAUACAGUACGAUAGCUGAUACAAGUCCGAAUAAACUGCAAUACGCAUGAGCGGACGGACAUAUAGCCUUGAUAGUGAGUCCGCGGUUGAGGAUCGAAAAUUUCGAAUGCAUAUAGGCUUUAUGCAAACCAUCGCUUUUAUUUCCUUCCAAAGUCGAAUCCUUCGACCAUUAGUGUCCCUGAUUUGGAUAGUUUUGGGAUGGACCCCAAAAAUCGCAGGUCUCAUUCGUCUAUCUAUACUGUAUGCCAUUCCCCUCCGAGUAUAAAUGUUGAAUAGUUACACCGUACUGACUGCACAGGUACUAAAUUAAAGUCAAGACACGCGAUUCGCUGUUUUUUUAAUUGGUACAUGACUCACCUGCAAGGAGCCCCGGUUCAUCAGGUGCCCGCAGGAUUCUCCAAGGUUUCGAAAUUUAGCUCUUUAAUUGUUUCAUAAACUGAUACACCAGGCCGCAGGAAAAUCGCCCCGAACAAACCCCUUCAGGCUCGGUAUGAAUAUUAGCAAUCAUAGUUGGACCAUUAUCUGUUAAUUUUGAAUGGUAGGCCAGCUUUUUUCGUGUUUAGAUGUUGAAUGGUCCACCAGACUGACUGCACAGGUUCUAGUUCAAGGUGGUUUGCUGAUUUUCUGCCGGCGCAUGACGCAGCUACGAGGGUUUUAGGUUCAUCCGUGGAUCGCAGGGUCCUCCGUGUUUUCAAACAUUAGCUUUUUAAUUGCCUCAUGAUUUAAUGCGCCAAGUCGCAACUAUCGCUUUCGGGAUAACAACGUUAUAUUCGCAAACUGCUAAUGGACAGUCAACAAGGCAGAAAUUCUGAAUGAUUCAACGAUUUGACGGCAAGGAUAUUGGCCAAGGUGUCUGAUGCUUGCCUCUACCAGUGAUUUUUACAUCAAUGUUUCAGGUUUGUGCAGUAAUUUUCGAGAAAAUUGAAGAUUUAAAAUUCGAAUAGUGGAGUACAUAUCGCAAGAUAUACCAAUCUCAUGAAACCUUAGUCAAAUUUCUGAUUAGGUUUUCGAUAAGGGAGGACUACUCAAGUGAUUUUUAAUAUUGACUGUCAUGGGAUAUAAUCGACAGAUAAUUCAGAUAGGUCGGUACGUUGGUCUUUGAACAAACUUCCCCUCGUUUUCCUACAAAACUCGUCCGUUGAAAGACGUCUACUUAGUCAACAGGCAUCUUUUGUUUUUAUUUAUGCCGCCCUUAUACAUUAAGUUGGUUAACUCAUGAUAUGUCGAUCAAAAUUCCGAAAUGCGUUUCAUUUCAAAACGAUUAAUUAAGUAGUGUCGUAAAACUAUUCAUCAUGCACCAUAAUUGCAUAAUGAUUAAUUUAUCUCACGAUGCCGGAUUUUGAACGAACGUCUUCUGGGCUGCAUGAGAGAACUAUGCUCUGCAAAAAUGGCUACUUAUAUGACAUGCAUUUUUCAUUAAUUUUUGAUGCCCUUAAAAAUUCAAUUAAUUUUCAUAGAAAACAUUUAUAAAGCUACUCAUUUGUUUGCUCACUUGGUAGAAAAUGAGGUUUUCUUUCAUUUUUUACUCAAAUGAAUGGUUUAAUUCGGCUUUUAGAAACGUUUCUAAUUCCCGAUCAAUUUUCAAACCGACCUGCCGUUGUGCUUGCAUUCAGGGUUUCCAAACUACACGCCGUAUACUUUCUGUGUAUGGAAAACCACACAUUUCUCUACGGUAUUAAGGGGAGACGAUAUGGGGUUUAUAAAAUUUAGCAGUGAAUUUGGGUCAUAUUAUUAAAUUUACAAGCCACAUUGGUAAAUCCAGUGACAUGACGUUUUAUGGACGGCCAUUUUACGGUAUAAAAAAAUACCACGACUGAAAACGUUUUAAAAACCAAAUCAUUCCCUUUCUUUGAGUAUAAACUUAGAAAACGACGUCAUUUUCUACCGAGUGAGCAAAAAAAUGAACAUUUGUAUGCAUAUUUUCCAUGAAAUUGAAUUGAAAUUUUAAGGGCACUGACAACCAAUUAGAAAAUGCACGUUACAUAAGUAGUUAUUCUUAUAGAACGUAGUUUUCAUAUGCAGCCCGGAAGAAGUCCGUUUAAAAACCGGCAUUCUGAGAUAACUUGAUUAUUAUAAAAGUAUGCUGCAAGGUAAUUUGCUCUGCGACCCUACUUAAUUAAUCUUCUCAAAACGAAACGCAUCUCGGAAUCUUGGUUGAUGUUUCCCAUACCCGAAGAACGGACAUCUUUUGGGCUUUUAAAAGCGAAUAAUUACAAAUUAUUUUAAGACCUGUAAUAUCCAUCCCCACAGCUUCGUCUAUGUCAUAUAUUAAUGCCCCCUACGUACUAUAGAACGUAGUCCAAAUUCAACUUAAAAUUUAAUGAGCUCUAUAUAACGUCUUUUUAAUGGCAUAGGAAAAAGUAAUUUUUCUCAUCUGACAAGCCAACAACAUUUAAAUUAAAAUCCUAUACUCAUAUGCAACAACAGAUUGGACUCCAAGUCAUUCGGAAAUUAAAAUGGACUUAUGUGAUACUCCAAUCUGUCCCUUCUUCGAGAACGAAAUUUACUCAUUAACUACUCAAGUACAACUUACUCAACUAAACAAGUACAAGGAAAAAUAUCCUGUUUAUGUUUUCCAUCAGAUAUAUUUGAAUUUAUAAGGACGUCGAUGGGUAUUAUAGCGUUCUUAUUUACUGGUUUCUGGUUCCAGGUCGGCUUUUUACUCUUCACAAGAAGACGUAUACUUAGUCUGAACGCAUCUUUUCUUUUAGUUUUGCCGCCCUUAUAAAUCUAAAUCCAAUUUACAAAAGAGAUGCACAAAAUAUUCCUCCUUGUGCUCAUUCAGUGUUGAGCCACAUUUCCUUUAUACUCUUUACCCACCAAAUGGGCAUCUUUCAUGUUUUAAAAAGCUGCAAAUUAUAAAAUCUUUUAAGACCUGAAAUGCUUAUCCAGACAACACCGUCUAUGUCCUAUAUUAAUGCUCCCUGUGAAUUCAUUACAAAAUCUGAUGAGCCCUGCAUGCCAUCUUCUAGAUGGCAUAGAGAAGUAUGAAUUUCUUUAUCCGGCAAGCAAAAAGCAUGUCGAUUAGACGCCUGAACGCGGAAGUAACUACAAUUCGGGCCCGAAAGUAUUCGAGAAUUUAAAAAAAUUGAAAACUCAAUAUACCUUUUCUUUGGAAAAAGGGUUUAAACAAGUGAAUUUCUACCAAAUAAGUGCAGAAAAGAAUAUUUUGGGUUCGCUUUCCAUAAACAGCCUUGAAUUUAUGAGGACAUCGCUGGAAAUCUCAAUGGUCUUAUCUAUUGGUUUCUAGUUCUAGGUCUGCUUUUUACUUUUCGCAAGGACUAGUAUUCGAAUUGGCUUUCGAAAUCUUCCGGAUGGAGCUCGCAAAGAGUUUGGGCCCAGACACUUUCUCUGCGUGUAACAGUGUAUCUUGUUAAUUGACUUAGACGACACAGCGUCCUAGGGACCGGAAAAAGUCUUUUUUGCGACUUUUACUAAGAAAUCGCUAGAUUUUUUAUAACUUUGGGGAGAUUCAAAACAUAUAUGUCACUCGAACAGUACACUUUUCAUAUAAAAAAUAACGGAACCUAUUCGCCGAUCCAGCAUAGUUCAGGAUAGGCGGUGAGUUAAAACAGAAUUUUAAAUUAGUGUGCAAGAGAAAAAAGAUUACUAGAAUGCAUUUGCUACUACGCUGCUAUGUUUAGCAACUGCAUCAUUUGCCGAAUAGUGGAUUACGUAAAAACUGAAUUUUAGUAAAAUCCUUCACUGAGGAAUGUUUUCAUUUCAUUACCAGUCUAUGCUAUCAUCGAAAGAGAUAGGUCCAUCUCCUCUCCCCACCUCUUUCUUCUUAUCCUCAUAGUCAUGUCACCGGUGUUUCGUAAGACCCACCGCUCUGUUUACUUGCAUGCUACUCUGCAUGUUUUAUGGACUUUAGAAGGUACAAUAUCAAAGUGUGUGUGUGUGUCGACACCCGACUGAGGUCUAUAAAUAAGUGCUUGAACGACUAAAUACUUUUUCAAUUUUCUUUGCAGUAACAAUACUAGGGGAUAUAAUUUAGAUCGUACCCUGCUUACAAAGUUAAUGGGCUGCCGAUGAGGAUCCCCACAAACCGCCUUCGAAUACUUUAUUGAGGAAGUACGCAGCUUAAUCAUCACUUAUAAUUUGCUAUUUUUUAAACAAGCGUAUCUAAAAUAUCGCUAAUCCCUGACCUGCUGACUAACAGUAGAUAAACCGGCCAAAUAUUCAGUCCUAAAAAGAUACUAGGGCUUCAGGCAUGGUUUUUGUCAAUUUGAAAUCCGAAUCCUUUAUGGAAAAAUGUCUUUUUUUUAGUCCGGCAUCCUCUCCUCCUUACCUCAUCUCUUUAUGGCCAUCAUUGUGCCAAUCAGCGGUCAGAUGGCAGACAGACUACGUAAAAGGACACUCACUACGACUGCUGUCCGCAAAAUCUUCAACUGCGGUGGUAAGAAACCGUACCCUGCUGUUUCCUUAUACUUAAUGACUGUAGGUUUGUAUCAGAACGUAGAUCAAGUGCCUACUGGCACUACUGUGACUCUGCCGCAUCAGCAAAACAGCCCCGUCUUGCUUCCGUCAUUAAUUCCUCCCUUGUUUUCAAUAGAAGUCUUUAAGCAAUAUUAGUGGUGGCGGUAGUGGUGGUUUUAACAACACUGGCAGUCGGGGCGGCAGUGGUAUCAACAAAGCUAAUGAUGAUAAUAGUGGUGGCAAUACUAUUUGUUGAGGGGAUAGUUUGACCGCCGCAUCCGACAAUGCCUACCGCUGCUCGACAGCGAGGUGAAGGAGGCACGGUACGCUCGCGCGCGAACUAGCUGAUAAUAAGGAUAGACCUGCAAAGCAUCUACCGUACUCUCUUCUCCUUUCUCACCUGGACCCGGCGUCAAGGCAGAGUCAAGAAGGCCGGAGACGGGUAGAGCACACGUGGAUGGUGCGGUCGAACCCGCACCCAGGCUUGCCAUCUCACCCCACCGCUCCACAACAAACGCUUAACCAGGAUUUUGACCAAUAAAAACAACAACAACAAGAACAGCACCAGAAAAGAAGUGGGUUACUGGGCAGCCAUGCACAAGACCUGUAUACCCCCAGCAGGAGCACAAGAGCAUCAACUACCAGAGAAAUGAGUACCAGAGAACUGCCGGUAUGUAUCAGUUUGCAAGGGUCCGGGUUCGCUGAUCGUGACAUAGCAAACGCUUCCAAACCUUGUUGCAGUAGCAAAAACAAUAGUAUCAAUAGUUGAUGUGGUCGUGGAAGUAUUACUUGUGGUAGUAGUACUUACUGUACUGCCAGUAAAAGAAGUGACGUCGCAGUUUAGGCAGAUGUGCUUGUUGUGGCAGCAGUAUAAAUAUUGGUGGUAGUUGUUAUGAAGAAGGAGACACGAUCGCUGUGACAAGAGCUUUAUUAGCCUGACGUUUCGGAUUCCUGCUCGAAUCCAUCAUCAGAGACAAAAGCAGAUAUGGUUAGUUCAUGCGCAAGGGGCUGCAGUAUUUAUCGAAUGCGGUUGCCAUGCUACCGCACACCUAUGAAUAUUCACGGCUCCCCCCCCCUCCCCCCUUCAUGAGGAAUCGUUGCACUUUGUGUGCUGACUGCUUGAGGGUCGACAUUCGAGUUGUUAAUUGCUGCAAUUCCAUCACGUGCGUUGGAUGUUGGUGUGAUGAUUGCUCGACCAUCUGACACGCUGACCCGGAUGUUGGGAAAAGUGUUCACCUGCGCGCUUCCUGUUUGGCUAAUUACUCCGCCCAGGCGAAGUCUCAGCACUGAGUAAGAAAGGGGAAGGUCAUUGCAUUUGUUUAUGAACUGGGGACUAGUAAACCAUGACUCAAGCGGCUCCGGGCUCACACGGUUGUAGCCCUUAUGAGAAUUUUCGUCUCGUCGAAUUGGAAUGUGCGGCGGGAUCUCGUCGAAUGAGCCACAGCUUGAGAGUUGACGUCAUUUCUCCGCACCGCUGCAACAUGUUCGGUCAUCCGCCUUCGUAGAUGUCUUCCGGUUUCUCUGAGGUAGUUUGUUAUCCGCAACUGCACAAGAUCCGAUAAACGACUCCAAACGUUUCAUUAGAGACAAUAGCAGAUACGCGUCUGAUGAUGGGUUCGAGCAGGAAUUCGAAACGUCAGGCUAACAAAGCUUUUGCCCCUGCAAUCGCGCCUCCAUUUUGGAGACCGUUUCUUGGGACUCGCCUCUUCGUUUCUAUUGGCAGUAGUUGUUAUUUUCGUGGUGACAGUGGCAGCAUCAGCAUUACUGGAAGUAUUUGUAAUAUCCUCCAUCAGUAGUGCUAGUGGUAAUAGUAGUAGAUGUCUAUCUCUUUCGAGUGGUUGUGGUCAUGUUAGUGGUAGCCCUGUGCACAUCAGGGCUCCCUCUCCAUUCGCUUUAUUCUAUUUGGGCAUCCCAAAUGUUUUUAAUGACUUCCAGGCUUCGGAAUGGAGGCGAUUCUCCUGCUAGUUGUUGGCUACGCAGACUCCGCACACACCGCGAUGAUCGCUCUUAUUUUCGCCGUGUCCUUCAGUGGAUUCGCCAUUUCAGGUGGGAAUUUUAGCGUUUAACUCCUGGUCUUGCUCCUUCCCCACCUCCAAGGACUUUCAUAAAAUAUUAAAAAGCAACUGCGCAGUCUGCGCGUAUUAGCGUCCCGUCGUGAGACGUGGUCUAUUUAUGGCCAGCUGCCGCAACCGGCAGCUCUGCGAUAUGCGACUGAAAAAUGCAGAUCUUUUGUCAAUUGAAUUUAUCAUAGAAAAAGAUGGAACACUGAAAGAUCCAAAUGGAAUGCCUACAAGUGAAAAUAGAGGAUGAGCGUGUUCGGAAUUCCCUGGCCAGCGUAUUAACCCGUGGUUCCGAUUGCGGAGUCAGUUUCGACGGGAACAUGGAAAAUAUGAUCAUGAAACAGACCCACUAAAGUGUUCCUUCAUGAAUAAAACACAGAGCGCCUUAGGACAGCAAACGUGGAGUUGCUGUACAGCAGGUGGGCUAAAUCAUGAACUUUCAACUGAAAUUCCGAAAUGAGUUUUCGUUUCGGAAAGAUAAAUUAAGCAGGUUUGUACAACUAAUUAUUCUGCAUUAUAAUUCUAUAAUAAUUCAGUUACCUCAGGAUCCCGGCUUUCGAAAGAACUUCCAUCUGGCCGCAUGCAAAAACAACACUUUGUAACAAAUGACUACAAGGGUUCGCAUAUAAUUUUCUAAUAACCCUAUUUUACGCGAAGAAGGAAAGGAUAAGUUGCCACUGCACACGCACUCAAUGUGCAUCUAUUCCUUCACUUGCUCCUGUGGAGCAGGUUAUAUUGGUCGCACGAGCCGGUGCUUAUCCAAGAGAAUACGGGAAUACCUCCCGCAUGGCUAGAAAAAGGCGAAACGAAGAGCAUAAACAGCGCCAUUCUCGCUCAUGUUGUCGAUUUCGGACAUCUAGUGGACCCCAACGAAGCUUUUCGUGUAAUUUAUAAGGUCCAAUCGAGCUACUCUAAGCUACUACGCCAGCGCCUAUUAGCGACAGCAGAAGCGGCCGCCAUCAGGUUAAGGAAGCCAAUCUUAUGCGCCCAGCAGAACCACGUUCAGGCUCCGCGCCUACAGUGGUUGAAGGUCGACUAACGGUGCAUCUCCCCACGCGCACUUCCGCUCUCACCCCGUCCCUGACACUAACUGCUAUUAUCCCCCCCUUCCCUCACAUCCCCACAUCCCCCAGUGUUUUAAGGAUAACUUUUAUCGAUUUCUCUUCUCGCUGACAUGUUUUUCUUCUACCUCGUUCCCAUAUACAGUGAGUGACCUACCUCAUGAAAUGUUGGCUGAAAUUCUGAAAAAUUUGUUAAAGCCUAAUAAUACUCCUUCCUUAAGUAUAAAUUAUAAAAAAAGACGUGAUUAUCUGUUGAUUGACUAAAAGAAAGCAUAUUUUUGUUCGCGGUUUCUAUAAAAUAUCUUUGAAUUUGCAAGACCAUCGAAAAUCAAUGGGAAAAAUGCAUGCUACUUAAGUAGCCAUUUUUUACCAAGCAUUGUUUCUACAGGAGAUUGAAAAGAAGUGCAUUUAAAAGCCGACAUCCUGUCGAGUCAAAAAUGUUAUAAGAGUAUGCCACAAGAUAAGAAGUAUUACAACCGCGACCAAGUAAUCCUUCCUAAUCGAAAACGCAUUUCAGAAUUUCAGCCAACAUUUCAUGAGAUAGGUCACUCACUGUAAUUGUACUGGCCUGACGAGAAUUUAUUGAAAGCUACGUAUGCUCGCCACCUCGUCUUCUGGUUCCGAAUAAGUAACUGUCUACUAUGUAUUCUGCCAAACCCCUUCACGUGGUGUACCACAUGUUGUAACAUUGAUCGACAGGGGACAGCUGUUUCCACCAAAAUGACGCAGCAGCCGGCUUUCGACGCCUGGCGCAGCAGUGAAAUUGUCUUAAAAUGCCGAAAUGGGGGCACAACACUGACAGUUUGGUAAUCUUGAGCAGUGACACACUCCAGAUACCCCACGGAUUGGAUGCUCUGCCGGUGGCGUGCGCGUGUCUUAGUUUAUAAAGAGACGGACGCUCGCCGCACCCAUCUCACUCUCUCUUUCUUCAUGUACCUUUCUUUUAUGACACAGGCUGUCAAGCUAGAUGGCGGUGAGCAUGAGCAUACUAUCUGACAGAGUGAAAAAUUCCGUCUACGCGGACCACACACGAUCUUUUUCUAGCUGUGCUUAUGAGAUACGAUAAGGGCGCCUCAGAUUUCGCAUAUGCGAAGAUGCCAUAAAAGCCGCAUCUAUAAGGAGCCAUUCAGCCUGACUCUCAGUUCUGAGAACUACCGAGUUACCCCGCAAGUUUAAAGUCCUCCAAGCUGCUAUUCUUGGCGUUUCGGGAUAAAUUCAAGAAAGUCAGAUUUAUUUUAAUGAGAAUGCACUGUUGUGCUGUGAGUAUGAAGUUCCUCUGAGGGGCAUAAGCCGACUGUGCAAGCUUAGGGCGUGCCAUCACAUUCCGGCACGACCUAACUCGGCGCGGCCCGAUAGACACGUUCCGUGAUGUUGUCUGACCCCCCUGCUGGUCCGGCGUAUCUGCAGCGUAUCACGUCAUCAGCACCACACAGUCGACAACUGCAGCAGGACUAAAGAGAAAAUAAUAAUUUUCGAGAGGAUCCGACUGGAAAUGUUUUAGACAAAAUGUACUCGGGACUCUGGCAAGGUCUUGUAAAGGUUCUAUUCAGUCAAUCGUCAAUUAGCCGGGAACGAUGCCAACAGUUCUGAAACGAACAUAGCUCCCGAAAUAUCGAGAAAAGACAAAUUAUGCACUUAAAGUAGGUUGGCUAACUCAUGAAAUCUCCACAGAAAUUCCGAAAUGCGUUCCCGUUUCUAAAAGAUUAAUUUAGUAAGGUUGUGAAACCAAGCAUCAUGCAGCAUAAUUUUAUAAUAAUUCAGUUGUCCUAGGACGCCGGCUUUUGAACGAACUUCUUUCUGGCUGCAUCUAAAAACCAUACUUCGUUAAAAUUAUUGCUUAUGUAGUAUGCAUUUUUUUCAUUGAUUUCCGAUGCCCUUAAAGAUUAAAUUAUAUUUCAUGGAAAACAUGCAUACAGAUAUUCCUUCUUUUGCUCAUUCGGUAAAAAAUGACGCCUUCUUCCAAUUGUUUACUCAAAAGAAGUGUUUGAUUCGGUUUUUGAAAAGCUUUCAAUGGUGGGAUUUACUAAUACCGUGCAAUGGACGUUCAUAAAACGUCAAGUCUUUGCAUUUACCAAUGUGGCUUGUAAAAUAACAAUGUGGUUCAAAUCCACUGCUUCAUUUUAUUACAUCCAUAUGAUCUCCUCUUAAUACCGUGGAUAAAUGUGUGGGUUUCCGUACGCAGAAAAUAGACGGCUUAUAGUUUGCAAACUCUGAAUGCAAGUGUAACGGCAGAGGGGGCCCAAAAUUAUUCGGGAAUUAGAAACGUUUUCUAAAACCAAAUUGAAUCAUUCAUUUGAGCAUAAAAUUGGCAGAAGACGUAGUUUUCUACCGAAUGAGCGAAUGCAUGUUUUCCAUAAAAUCUAAUUGAAUUUUGAAGGGCACUGAAAAUCAAUGACAAAAAUGCAUGCUAAUUAAGUUGUCAGUUUUCACGGAGUAUGGUUUUUGCAUGCAGCAGAAAGAAGGUUAUUUAAAAACCGGCAUCCUGAGGUAUCUGAAUUGUAAUAGAAUAAUGAUGCACGAUGAUUAUUUUUACAACCCUACUUAAUUAAUCUUCUAGAAACUGAAACGCAUUUCGGAAUUUUGGUUCACAUUUAAUGAGUUCGCCCAACUACUGUAUCUGCUGUGCAUCACGGCAUGGGCACCACAAAGUCGACAACUGCAGCAGAACUAAAGAAGAAAUUAGUAAUUUUGAAGAGGAUCCAGUGGAAAAUUUUUGGACAAAAGGUACUCAGAACUCUGGCAAGAUCUGGUAAACGUGGUAUCCAGUCAAUCAGCUGGGAAUGAAGCCACCAGUUCUGAGACGGACAUAGCUCCCGAAUUAUCGAGGAGAGAGAAAUUUUAUACUUACGUCAACGAUGUUAUAUAAAAUGCUCGGUAGCUCAAAACCUUCCUUUGCUCAUUUCUUUUUACAUAGACGGGCGCGCCUUUAACUGAUUACCGAUUAAACAGAUCAAUAUGCUGUCUCUAUUUCAUAUUCUGUUACUUCUACCUGUCAUUUCAUUAUGCUAAGCGAGUGUUACUGAUAAGUCAGGCAUUGACAACUGGUUGAUCGCACGUGCAUGGUUGCGGAAGUUGUCGCCUAAUCGACCAACAUAUCAACGCGCGGUACACCAUGUGACAACGCUUGACAACCAAGUUAAUGGGCAGGAAUCAGCCUAGCGGACUAUAGGAGACAUGACAGUUCGACCGCCUUCCGCAUACUCCGGACUUGGUUGCUCGUCAAACAAACCUUGCCAUAAACCACGCUUUUGUUAUAGUUUGUAGGCUUCAUUGCAGUCUUAUCUCUCCUUUGGCAUACGUCAAUGCAGUCAGCCCUUCUUUCAUAUUUUAAAACGGUGUCCGAAAGACUGACGACAACUUCAUAGUGUCCGUAGGUGACAUACCUGAAAUUGGGCGGAGUUGCGGUGGCAACGCGAAAAGUCACGUCAGAGUGUGCCAUCACAUACCAUAAUGCAUGACAGUAAUUAUGUGCGCGAGCACGCUCUGUGUAGUCCGAUCAGCCUAGCCGUGAGCCAAUCUGGCCCUCAUCUUAAUCCAGCGCAUGUUCGGUGCAGUCCGUUAUGGGGGGCGGGGUACUCACUAUACAUGCUCCCCCAAACGGACCACGUGGUAUAUGCGUUGGACCAACAUGGGGGCCAUUUCGAAUUCCGGCAGGCGUUAUCGGAUUUGCUCUCCAUAAAAAAUGCUAACAUGUCGGGGUACGUCGGCAGACCCGGUUGCCAACAGUCGUCGCGCACACUGGGACCUUGUCGCACCACCAAUGUGGUUGUUGGUCAAAAAAGUGGUCACGUGUAAACCACGGGCUGUGGAGUGGAGCGUCACGGUGCGGGCUCAACCGUGCCAGCCACCUGCACCCUUCCCUGCCUCCGAUCUUCUUGACUCUGUCUUGACACCGGGCUCAGGUGGGAGGGAAGGAAAGAGAGUGCGACAGAUGCUGCGCAAGUCUACUACAACUAUAAACUAAUUCACGCACAAGUCACCGUGCCAGCCGUCACUUUGCUGUGGUGCGCACGAUGGACAUCGCCGAGAGGGAUGGUCGAACUGUCGUACACAAGCUCAUGCAUGCCUUCAGGGGACAGUUUAAACUAACCAAAGGGUUUAUUAACAGAAACACCUAUGAACGCUUUUUACUCACAAAGCCUUCAUAGCACACAGCUUGUACGUUUUUAUAAAUUUGCCUAAAAUUUCUACGUCUGCCUAGAGGCCGUGGAAAAUCUCGUUUCAAGACAAUUCUGACUUUUAUAAUUGUCUAUCCGGACAGGCAGAUUUUAGAAAGAGAUUUGGGUAUAACAGCCUUUUAGCUACCUUCUGGUGAUCCAAAAUACACUGUUGUUAGUAAGUUUAAUCUGUCAAACAAGCAGCCUUAACAGAAGUCUUCGGCAAUCGUGUAGUCACUGGUAGGUUGAGAUAUGAAACCUUUAGACACUGAAAUUCAACUGUUCUGUUUUCCUCUUGUAAUUAUCCAUGUUAGGGCAUAUCUUUGAAAAAGCUUGCAGUCCACACAGAUUCUAUCGUUACGACGUCACGACGGAGGAGUAUGCAGUCGAGUUUUUGGUGACCGGUGACUAUUAAAGGAAGUGAAUUAAACGACUGACGUCUCCAGCAACUAACCUUAUUGCCUACUGUCCUUGUCAAUUCUUCAAAAGAGUAGAAGGGACUUGCUUUACAUUUCGGAGUGGUCGCCCUUUUCUUAAUGUUUAUUUGUCUCUUUAAAUGCCUUAGUUGUUUGUCGCCGCUCAAUUGGUACAGUCGAAGUGAUUAGAUCUUGCGUAAGACGUCAGUCGUAACGUCAUAAGAGUGGCUGUCCGAUCAGAUACCCCUCAGACCUCUCCACUUCCUUUUUCUUCUGAUCAUCUGCGCAUACUUACAGCUGGCAUUGAUGACUCUGAGUCUUUAAACUAGUACUCGAUUCGUUCGCCUUUUAGGCUACAAUGUGAAUCAUCUGGACAUCGCUCCGCGGUAUGCAAGCAUCCUGAUGGGCCUCUCCAACGGAAUCGGCACAAUAUCCGGUUUGAUCUGCCCUCUGACCGCGGAGCUGAUUACAGAAAAACCGGUAAGUUCUGGGUCUUUUGGCAACCUAUCUUCUCCCGUGCAACAAAUCUGCAUUUAGGGGACCAGUUUCGAUUUGUAGUUCAUGGACACAGUCGCGUCGGUUAAUUGGCCUGUACAAUCAGGUCCAACACGUACUCCAGUAUUGUUUAGGACUUUGUUAAUCGAGUACUCCUCUGCCGUAUGACCACCAUGCGGAUAACCUCGAAUGACUGGCUGACGACAGCAAAUAAGUCAGAAACCACCACCGCUCCCCCCCUUGUCUUUUUUGACACUCCUUCCUGCAUCAAUGCUAGUCGCUUUGCGGCUGUCUUUGAGUGCAACGAGGCAAGUAUGCUCUCCUGCCUGAUCAAAGAACACACCUCCACACGUGUCUGCAAUCUUUUCAAAGUGCCAUCUUUCUGAUGCCCAAAUAAGUGGCUAAAUUUUCUUCCCAUGUGCUGGAUGUGUUUAUUCAAGCUACUGACGUUUGCAACAGUACUAAGUAGCAUAUUAUCAGACAGAGCAUUUGCCUCACGAUAUUCCCGACCACAGCUGAAAGUCGAGGUGAGGGACACUUAACUCACACGUUCAAUGAUCAAAUAACAAAGGCCAAAUGUUAGGCUUUCCCAACUUGUGACUACCGAAUGCCUGGGUAAUGACGGCAAAUAAGCUGGGCAUUGUUAUGCAACUAUCCGCAACUAGUGCCGGUAGCACUCACUUAUUCCCUGUGAAUCGACCGAAAUUAUUUCAGUUGAUACUUUACUUUUUAAUUGCCGAGGAACAUCGGAUACUGCCUACAGCUUGUCCACAGCGCAUGAAAAACGAGCCCGGGGACGCCGACAAAGAGAGUAUAAAGUGGUCUUACGUUUAGCAGUGAGUCUCUUGGCAACGGUAUAGGAAAGGACCCCACUUAACUGUCAGUAGACUGUGGAUCGUGUCAUAUGGGGUUACAUGUUGGCAUACAUUUGCAGGCUGUUGAAGAAAUCACACUGCCAACAACGAUUACUUCCCCUGACCUCACACCUUAACUCAAAAUACGUUUUAUUGUGAAAUUUACUUUUUAAAUUUCGAUUAAUUACUACUCUUAUUUCUGUUGUCAAACAAUAGCCUAGGAUAAGGCUUACAGCCUAAAUCCAGGCAGUUUCUGUGUUUUCUUCCAUUUUGUCAACUCACUGUCUAAUGUGCUACCCCACCCAUAAAACUCCCUUUACCAUAAAUCACGUAUGGCACGAUCCACAGUCUACUGCUAGUUAAGUGUGGUCCUUCUCUUUACCGUUGCCAGUCUCUUAUAUCAGAAAAAGACAAGACUGUCAACUGCCUAUUGCUAAAAGAAGUUAUUCAAUAAAUAACAGCGAUCAGGAAAGAGGACAUGCUUUCCCCGUAGUGCUUUGCGGCUCAAUCUAAACCCCUCGAUGGCAGUCUUGAACGACCGGUGAUGACAUAAGAAUAAGUACCAUCAGAUAUAACGAGGACGGGCUUGACCAUUUCAGGUCUAUUAUUCGUCAUCGGCCGAUCGCACGAAGACCCAGGCUUGGAUAACCUGUAACAACAGACUCCCCUCCGGCUCAAUAGUAAAGCGUUGGACUUGACGUGCAAUGUUUAAAAAAAUUAUUCAAUAUAGAAUUUCCCCUUUCUGCCAGAUGAAAGAUCCGGUAUUCCACAUAUGACGUUUUCUGUUUGCGAGAAAAAUUAUAAGUUCAGUGGUGACCAGAUGUGUGGAGAUUGGCAUCAGUAAAAAGGUGUUCGAAAGUCGCAUGCGUAGCGGCUAACCACCAAAGUGCUGGAUCUAGUUCAUCCGAAUUGUUAAGGCACCGUUACCGCUGCAUCUCAAGGUAUUCUUGACAAUACUAAUACGUGUCCUGCGCAUGGUGAGGUUCCCCACGCGUCUUGUUCAGGCAAAAUGUUUUUCACUGUUUAAUAGGCUUACUCAUUUACAGUUUUUGUGCCGGAAGAAAGUACCUUUCUAAACGGGAAGCUUUUGGCUAAAAAAUUACCUGUAAAUGUCCUGAGAGAUGAAUGCUGACGCGUUUAAGGCAUCGGAAGAAUACGGUCGUCAUUCUGUACGUAUACGGGUCGUUUCUAUCUUAUUCUUUUUUUUAUCAGGCAAACUGCUUUUCCUAAAUGUGCGCCAAGAAGCAGCUGUAGUAAUGCUGACACGCAAGCCCUUCACAGUCGAAAUCCCAAAAUCAGCCGCGAUUAAAUGCUGACAAAUAUCAUAAUCUGCCGGUAUGACAGAGAAAAUUGGCCACGUUUCGCUUAUACCAUUAGAACGUUCAUAAAACAAACCAAUGCUUCAACACAGCCUGGUGCACAGUUUGGGGUCGGACUUAUUCAGCACAUUGGGAGGACUAAUUCAGCGGACACUUAGUGAUUUGAGUAUUUUGGACACAAUGAGAGUUCUGCUUCGCUCUCCAAGAACAUAGAAAACCAAUCAAAAAAUCCACAUUAUCUAAACAGUCGUUGUAAGCUUCACUGCAAUCUGGGAUCCUCGAGCACUGAUGAAUGUGCCUGUUGACCGAUUUGUGAGGGUAGGCCGUGGUAACAAAUCAGAGGGGCAUCUCUCUUAUGUGUUGCCUUUGGCUAGGUCGCCGCGCCUAAGUUGUUUAACUUUUUAGAUGUAUCGCUAGGUGGCAUGGUUGAGGACAUUAAUCGCACAUGUCCUUCUUCUAAGUGCACGUAGUACAUGAACAAAUCUCAGUCGUGUUCGUCGGCCACGACGGGUGUGCGCAUGCGUGGGAGGGCCGCGCUAUAUGGAUCAUCGUCCAAUUUAACUGACCCAGUUGGACAAAACUCGAUGGCGGUGAGCAGAUUCGAACCUCUGAAAGAAAGGGCACGGCUUUAAUCAACGCAGCUAAGGAGCCCAGACCGAAAGCCUCUUCUUAACAUCACAGACCAAUCUACGUCUGCAUGACCCUAAUCAGGAAUCCAAAAACUCCCAUUGUUUGGACAUGCUUGCGAAGACAGGCCGCUUUUUAUGUCGUGCGUAUUCACUCACAGUGUGAUGCUUCUUCUUCUGCGUCUAGACCAAAAAGGCCUGGUCCCACGUGUUCCUCAUUGCCAGCUGUGUCCAUUUCUUUGGUGUGGCCUUCUACGCCAUCUUCGCGUCCGGAGAAAAGCAGCGUUGGGCUGAGGUAGAGGGCGAGACGCCCAAACGAUGGGACGCCCCCAAUGAGGUGCCCGACGACAUCGCCAAACCGGGCUACGGAUACGGAGGGGAUGAGGCAACUGGUUUUGUAGCAGCGUCCAGCGGCAAUACUCGUGAUGGCUACAGUGUAGGCUACAAACAAAGGCCGUCACCAGCGGCGGCGGCAGCGGCGGCGGCCUAUCAGACCGAGACGUAUCGUGCGACAAACCGCUCCCUCAACGAGGACGACCCCUACCACCAACAGUACUAG